AAGGGAGCUCUGGUCAAGUGUUCCAGUAGCCUGCUUAAAGUAGGACCAACUUUGACUAGUAGAUCUUUUAAGUACAGAGCUGCUGUUCCAACUUUACAGGACCUUCUGAAAAUAAGCAUUUAAAAAUAGUCAGGAUUACUGUGGCUGCCUUUGUGUUCAGGGUGAGUAAAAGCUACCAGCCUAUGAAUGUCAUUUUGCUGAACGUCAUAAACUGAUUUCUGCUACGUUGCAGCAAGUGGAGCAAAUGUUCUUAUCUAUUACAGACUAUAAUUUAUGCAGAGUGAAGGGGUCCUAAAUGAGUGUUGACUGCAAUCCUUGCAAAAAGAAGCCAAACCAAAAACUACUCCAAAGCCCAGGGGAAAAUUACAUGCUUGUUUCUUGGAGGCUAAGAAAAGUGGAGUUGAUUGAUAUUUUUGUGGGGUAAUCAUUAAAUGCCCACUGUUCAAUGUGUCUUGCACUUUCAGAUUGACCUGGGCUGAGGUGUGAAUUCACAACCUCACAGCUGGGGCUGCUCUGGAGCCUGCUAAAACCCUCAUGGCAUCAGCAGAGAGGUACUUGUAAACAUUAGUGACUGCCUCUAGGGACAUAUGGCAUGCUAGAGGAGAAAAAUAUCCCUCUCAUAGUAAUACUGUCUGAAUUUUUAUAAGGAGGAGGUUGAUGUGCCUGCUAGGAACCUAAUGUUAAUUAAUCUGUGUUUAAAACUGGCCAGAGCUCAAUACUCAAUGUGCGGCAAGUUUGCUAUUGGAAUAUGUAAAUUAGAUUGUUUUGACCCAAAUCGUGCUGGAGCAUAUGAGUGGAAGCACUGAAAUCUGAAUAUCCAGGCCUACCAUAAGCUGUCCUAGUGCACUUGUUGGGAUCUUAUGUCUGGGAAGAGCAAACAGGGCUCCAAUUCCUCAUUGGUGCAGCUUUGCUGGUGAUAGCAGCUGUGAGUUCAGCAAGGAGGAGGGGGCACCAGAUUUUGUGACCCAUGGCUCCAGAGAGCGCUGUUAUGUUCUGCAAGUUCGCCUCUACCCACAGCACUUUGCAGAAUGCUGUCACUUUUUCACCAGAGCAGCUUAUCGGUGGAGGUUUGUUGCCACCUCAUGGAGGCAGUGAUGACACUGCACAGUCAUGCGUACCUGAUGAGGAGAUACAGCAAGCCCAGUUUUGCUGAAUGCAGUAGAAGUCAAACUGUAAAUACUCCCUUGCUCUAUGUUUGGCGUAGCCUUUUUCCUCCUUCUCAUGUUCAGCUGGGAGAACUCCUUUUUCCUUCUAAGUUUGGUGAGGAUUUUUUGGGGUUUUUUUGAGAUUCAGGGUAACAGAUGCUUUGCUGGCUCUCCAUCAUUUCAUUACUGCCCUCUCUAAAUGCUUCUUCUUUCUCUCUAUAAGUGAAACUCCACCAAGACAGUAUCUCAAGCAUUCAUUUAUGUUUGUUCCCAUGAAAUGUGUCUGUGCACUUAGCUGUAUCUGAUAUGGCCUGGAUUUGGGCAGCUUCUCCUACUGGUUUUCCAGCUUUAAUCAAACUGAGACUUGCCCCAAUGUCAGGCAGCGGUGUCAGUGAGAUUGAUUAAACAACAGUGUUAAUGGCACUAGGAAGGAGCUAGAAUGACAUCGGUCAGUGCCUUUCUGUAGGUUCAGACAGUCCAUUUUCUCCUUCCUUACUGAAUAGAUCUACUGCCUUCUUUUUUUUUUUUUUUUUUCCCCAGUAACAAAACAUAGAUAGGACUAAUGUUUUGCUUAUAGUUUUCUUUGACUGUGGCUGGAUAAAUUAGCACACACCCCCUUUGGAGAAAACUGCUUGUUCUCAGGAUGGCUGCCUCUUUUUCAGUGGGCUGAGGCUAUAAGUUGUUCGUUUGAAGCACCAGAGACUGGGUGCAGGCUCAUGUUGGUGGCAGUAACGGAAAGCCUAGCCAGGAAAAAUAAGUGGGUGGCCUCAUUCCUUUAGAGAACAAUGGGAAAUAGCAGCCAUUUCUGGGUCAAACAAGAGCUUGCUGUGAAGCAGACAAAUGCUGGAUGUAGAGUAUCCCAGUGCUGAAAAAAGAUCUUUCUUUAAGGAAAACCACUUGCAGAAAUUGCCCACCAGUCUACUUAAAACCUACCUACCCUAAAAUAGUCCAAUUUUAUGUAGCAUUUUCAUGACAUCCUGCAAGCUGUAACAGAAAGGUUGGUGUAGAAGUUUCUAUUGCAUGUUGUGCCAGGUAGAACAAUAAGAUACAUUUCAGGCCUCUAAAUUUCCUCUAAGUUUUGUCACAUUAGAAGCUAAUUCACCGCUGCGAUUGAGAGUUCUCACAUUUUUUUCUGUGCACAAACUGUGGCAAGUGAUGUGAGGCUGAACUGGAAAUCUCAUAUGUAAGUAAGUCAUGGCAUCAGACGAUGUGUAGAAUUUAAUUUUAACUUUAAAGCUGAGAAGGCUCCUUCACACUAGUAUUGCUUGGUAUUUUUUUUCUCUUAAGCUUGAAAAUUACCUUCUAAAAACAAAACAGCUGCCUUUUCCUGGUGAGAGAUUGUUGUGGGUCGGGGGAGCUGGAUCCCACCAAACUCCUCUGCCCCAGUACUGCUCUGGCCAAGUGGUUGGAUGCAGGGGGUUGCUUUGCUCUGAUUUCCUUUUACCCAAUUAUGCUUUGUGGGAUGUUCAACCCAAGGAACAUGGCUGAGCGAAAGAGGAAGCCCAAGUUUUCCAAGGAAGAACUGGACAUUCUGGUCACUGAGGUGACCCGAAAUGAAGCUGUGCUGUUUGGGAGGGAGACAAUGCGUCUAUCCCAUGCUGACAGGGACAAGAUCUGGGAAGGCAUAGCCAGGCAGAUCACAUCAGUCAGCCAGGUCCCCAGGUCUGUAAAGGACAUUAAACACAGAUGGGACGACAUGAAGAGAAGGACCAAAGACAAACUGGCAUUCAUGCAGAGGUCCCUCUCCGGCCCUGGCAGCGCGGGGCAGCCCUCGGCCAUCGUCCUGACCGCCCAUGAGAGAGCCAUCGAGUCAGCGCUGCACUCAUCGCACCAGAGGCACGGCUGCCAGACAGCGCAUCUGGACCUGGUUGACAGCCCAUCAACGAGCUCUGAUGAAGAUGAAGAGAUGCCAGGCACUUCUCAGGAACAGCGCUUCUCUUCACCGCAGCGGGCUGGUGCAGAUGUCAGUCCGUUCUCCAGGCCCUCCUUCCUUCGCACUUCUCCCUCAUCAGAGCCCUCGGAAGCUGCCAGCCAAAGGCAGGAACUGCGCUGUCCAUCCCCACGCACCACCUCGGCCUGCAGACCCCCGCACCCCUGCACCAGGAGCCCACCCCUCUCCAGCUUCGAUCGCCAGCUUCUCCAUUCCCAUGCGCAGCAAACCGACCUGUUCAGGCAGUUCUGCCAGGAGCUGGUGGCCAUUCAUAGGGACAUGGCAGAUAGCAUGCAUGCCGUCAGCCAGAGUGUGGCUGACCUCACCGGCCAGGUCAGCCAGAUGUGCCAGACACUGACAGAAAUACGUGAUGGGGUCCAGGCUUUCCAUAGGAUACAAGAUCAUAGUGUCAUGCCAGGGUCCUGUCUGCAAGCAGCUUGCUCUAAACAGCCCCCCGAGCCCAGUGCCGAGUCUAACCAAAACUCUCUAAAAUGGAUGACUCCUGCACGGGCCAUCAGGUCACGAAAGAGAAAACAUCAUUUUUAGUCUGUAUUAUGUAAACAAGGAUGCCCCUUCCUGAGCUGCUGCAUGUUCACAUGGCUUCUCCACGUGUAUCACUGUGUAUCCAUGUGUAUUUCCAUGUGUAUUGGUGGGGAAGGUCAGCAGCUGACCCAGCCAAUCCAUCCCCCUGCUGGCUAACAGAGCAGUAGGAAUAUGGCAGCUAAUUGUAUGACUGGUCCUCUGCAAUGGUAAAGAGGAAUCUCAAAUACUGUUGAGCUUGUAAUGUGGGACAUCUUUCAGUUCAUAGAGUUUAAGAGUUUUCACUGGCUUCCCCAUGCUUUAAAUGCUCUAUAAACUGAGAGGUUCAAUAGAAAUCAUUAUCUGGAUCUCUUCCAAUGCCUGUGAAAUAUUAUUUACUGAAACAGCAUGCUACAGAGAUGCCUUUGCAAUCAACUCACAAAUUUAUCCUACUACUGCAUUCCCAUCAUCUUCCUGAAUAUUAGUAUAUGCAGUAUGUGCAGAAAUACAGCCUUAUGACUCUAAAAGCUCUUAUUGAUCAUUGCUUUUAUCUUUCAUUCAGCACUAGUGGGCUAUCUGGGGCUUACUGUGACUUGCACACAGCUUUGGGGAGAGGAGUGCAAAAGCAGAGCUUGUGCAGGCAAGGGAAGAAGGUGUGAUUCUGAGAACAGGUCUGAGCACCAUGGGGGUUUUGACUGAUGAAAAUGGUUGCAAAGGCAUAGGCCUGGAUCCUGCAGUGCUACAUGCACUUAUGUUAAAGUGUUCCAACUUCUGUUUGGUCCAGUCUGAAAUUCCCACCUUUCACAAUUGCGGUUAAAAUACAAUUACUUCAUCAUAUGACAACAUUUAAACAUAAUUGUAUCAUAUUAUUUUCUUGCAUGUUGUCAAUUCUUCAGUUUUGAACCACCUCACCCCUUCAAAAUGUGGGAAACUGAACAGAAACCAGAAAGGAUGUAGGGACAGCUUCUGACUUCAAGCCUGUUUGGUUUUGUUUUACUUUAAUUCUUCAGUAUAGCUACUUUGCACUUAUAGCUACUAUAUAGCUACUUCAGUCAGCUUCAGUAUAGCUACUUUGCACUUAGUUUUAUUUAGGGUGGGAUCUGUACUGUGUUCUCCUGUCAUGAAGAGUUUACAGUCUAAAUUCACAGCUACAUAGGUUAAAAUCUUAAGACAUGUCAGUUUUAUACUGCUUUCUUUCUCCAUCUAGAUGCAAGGAAGAACUGUGUUACAACAUUUGAAUUGCUCCAGAACUGUGUGAGGUUCCCAUGUACGUCACUGAUUCUGGAACUAGGCUUUAAUAGUGUCACUUCAGGUGGUGAUAAUGUAUUUUAUAAUAUGUCUGUUUCCUCCUUAAUUUGUACCUCUGCAUCUAGCAUGCUUCCCCCAUCUCUGGAAAAACCCAGACCAUUAUCCUAAUAAGCAGGGAAAAGGGUCAAAGCUUCAACCACACAGCACACCAUGCUCUCCAGGCUGUCUUACUGUAUUUGGAGGUUGGUUGCAGGAAACUAUUUCAGUUAAUAUGAGUGUGCAUCAUCAUGCCAUGGCUGGGCUACAGACUUGGCAUAAAGUUACAGAAACUUCCGUGGAAAUGAACAUAGGCAGUGCAGUGUAGCAGAAGGAUGGUAUGUUUUAUGUGGUCUUCAAGGAUCAUCUUUAACUUGUCUGGCCUCACCUUUGAAACUAUAGUGCACUAGCUUCUUUCCUGAAAAGUUCAUUGUAUGUCUGCUGUGUCAGGCAUUCAUUACAUGCUUUUCUUUUUUUUUCUUUUUUUUUUCUUUUUUUUUUUUUUUGUUUUGUUUUGUUUUGAAGGUGUUCUGUAAUUCUAUAUCAAGUAAUUUAUUUUUAGUGGUGCAAUAACAAUAAAAGGUUGCUCAAGGAAGUAGUGGUCUGGCAAGGAAAAAAGCCUCAUUUCUGAGGAAUGACCCAACUGGUUUCGUGCAGAGGACAUUCCUUUUCAUGCUGGUGCCAGACCAGGGCAGAACUUUGCUCACCUUCCACUGAGGAUGUCCUUUUGCUUCUGUUGAAACAUUUGUAUUCUGCAAAAGUCACAGUCUCUCUUCAUAUGAAGGGGGGAUUGGGAAAUCUGGUAGAAGUGGAUCUAAUUUAUGAAUCGGAGAGAGCUGAAAAAAGGGUGAUAUGUGUGAAAGGCUUCCUGAGUCAAUACAAUGCUGCUGCUGUAUAUUAAUAUUAGUAUUUUAUAUUUUUAUAUUUGGUCUUUACUGAUGUCCUCCCAUGGAUAUAGUGACAAGCUUAGCUCCUUCGUGGUUGUCCAGGGGGAUCCCUUCUGGGAACCCUCAGGCCUGCAAAGGAGGAGACUCCUGCAGGUGCUGGGCACUGGAGGGAGCUAGCAACAGUGCUGCCAUCAGUUUGCCCGAGAGAGAAUCCUGGUGCAGAAUUCACAGCCCUCAAUACAAAUCCCCAAAGGCUGGCCACUGGUCAGGAGAAAGGACUUUUUACUAUAAAGUUAUUGAUAUCUCCCCUAGUUUCCUCUGUGGACUAUUACAGAUUGGCCCAGAUCUGGGGACGUAUCUCCUGCCCUGUGUAGACCCCUCGGUGGAGUGGCUUUUCUGUACUGGCUCACAAAGGAUGCUUCUUCCUGCACCUAUCAUGUUAACUGGCUGUUGAAGUAAGUGUCUGUGUCUAAGCAAACUGCUGUGCUCAACCCCAGUAUCUCCAUGACUUGUACAUGCUGCAAAAAUCCUCUAUUUAAAAGUAUUUUUGUUAAGAAUGCAAUAAAUAUAUAACA